GUUCAUUCACUUGUAAUAAGGAGACUGACGAACGUCCGUGGCGCACUGACGCACCAAGUUCAGCAUCAAAACAAGCGUUAAGCCUUUACACGCACUCAGCGGAGGGACACACUGUGGAGUAUACGCAAGAGAGGACGCCUGCUGACCGAAAAGACGCGCGACUGUGGAUAUGCUCGUCUUCCCUCGGCUUCUGGAUAACUUUAAGAUUUGGGAACGGUUCCUCUGGAGCUUUUGACGCACGGCGAGAAGGAGAUAUUGGAGGAUUUAUGUGUGUUUUAGUUUUUUAAUUCUGCCAAAAAGAAAUCCUUUCCUUGGGCGCAAAUACUUGGGAGUAAGAAGGCUUUACUGGUUUUAGCGGCUGGUGACACGGCUGCCCUGGAGAAACGAGAAGGAUGGCAGCCUGGUUCACCUUUACCAUCGCGUUCAGCACCACGUUAAUACUACAGGUAUUUGGGUCGGGAGUUUUUGAGCUAGAUCUCCACGAAUUUAAAAACCAAAAAGGUUUGCUGGCAAACGGGAACGCGUGCAAGCCCAGCUGCAGAACUUAUUUCAAAAUUUGCCUGAAGAACUACCAGGCUCUGGUGUCGCCAGGUGACUGCAUCUUUGGGAGUACGGAGACACCGGUGCUGGGGACGAACUCUUUCAGCGCCAAGGACAGCGGCACUUUAUCCAGACCCAUUCAAAUCCCCUUCAAGUUCGGAUGGCCGGGGUCAUUUUCAUUAAUAAUCGAGGCCUGGCAUUCACCUUAUGGAAAUCUACCUGUAGAUAACAACAAUCCAGACUUUAUGAUAAGCUUUUUUGCCAUCCAAAGACAGCUUAGUGUAGGAACCGACUGGUCCCAGGACACACAAACCAGGAAGCAGACAGAGCUCAGAUAUUCUUAUCGGUUCAUCUGCAAUGAGAGCUACUAUGGGGAAAGUUGUUCCAAAAAGUGCACCCCGAGAGACGACCGGUUUGGCCACUACACCUGCACCCGGGAUGGACAGUUGUCCUGUCUUGCUGGCUGGAAAGGGAAAUACUGUGAAGAACCCAUCUGUCUUGAGGGGUGCAGCGAGAGGAAUGGGAACUGCUCCAAACCUGGGGAGUGUGUAUGCAGGGAAGGUUGGCAGGGCACGUUCUGCGACGAGUGCAGGAAGUACCCAGCCUGUAAGCAUGGUACCUGCCAGCUGCCAUGGCAGUGCAACUGCCAGGAGGGCUGGGGAGGCCUAUUAUGUGACCAAGAUCUGAACUUCUGCACCCAUCACCGUCCCUGUUUGAAUGGCGCCACCUGCAUGAACACGGGCCAAGGGAGUUACACUUGCACAUGCCUGCCAGGAUUUACAGGGGUUAACUGUGAGCUGGAGAUGCAAGAGUGCGACAGCAACCCCUGCAGGAAUGGAGGCAUAUGCACUAAUUUGGAGACUGGCUACAAGUGCACAUGUCUGCAAGGUUUCGAGGGCUCCCACUGUGAGCACAACCUGCUGACAUGCGCCGACUCCCCGUGCUUCCACAGCGGCAAAUGCUGGGAGAAAGACAAUGGCCGCAGCUACAUGUGUGUGUGUCCUCCCGGCUACACAGGACUCAACUGUGAGAAGAGAGUGGACAAGUGCACGUCGCUUCCCUGCGCUAAUGGUGGCCUGUGUCUGCUCCAAGGUGGCAUGCGCAUGUGUAGCUGUCGUGCAGGAUUCACUGGACAGCGCUGUGAGAUUAACAUCAAUGAAUGUGCUGGGAACCCAUGCCUUAACGGAGGAACCUGCCAAGACCGCAUAAACGACUAUGCCUGCAUUUGCCCAGUGGGCUAUGGUGGACGCAACUGUGACAGAAUCCUGGACGAGUGUUUUGUGCGGCCCUGUCUCAACGGAGGUGUUUGCACUACAAGUGGCGUCCCCGGGAAGAAUCCAGCAGCUUGCACGUGUCCUCCUGGCUACACCGGGCCUCGGUGUGAAUCCUUUGCCACCUUGACCUCUACAGUGACGGGUGAAGACGGCUUCCAGUGGGCGGCAGUCUCUCUGGCUGUGGGUCUGGUGGCGCUGCUGGUGCUGCUUUGCAUGGUGGGCUUUGCUUUGAGGCACAUCCACAGGCAGGCGCAAGGGCGGGGAGCAGAAACAGAGACUAUGAACAACUUUUCCAAGGGGCAGAGUGAAAACUUGAUCCCAGCAUCGCAGCUGAAAAACACCAACCAGAAACUCAGCCUGGAGGUGGACUGUGACUCAGAGAAAUCAAACUUUAUCCACAAAAACUAUCACUUGGACUCUUACAACUCUAAAACAAAAGAGUUUAAGGAUGAAAAGUCGCAAGAAGAUAAAAGUCUUAUUUAUGACAAGUGUUUAGAAGAUAAAAUGCCUUUGAGCAGAAUGUACAGUGAAAAGCCCGAGUGUCGGAUAUCAACAAUAUGUUCCUCAAGAGACUCCAUGUACCAGUCGGUGUUUGUUAUAGCAGAGGAGCGGAGGGAAUGCGUCAUAGCAACUGAGGUAUAAACUGCGUGGGGUCAGAGAAGUUUUGGACGCAAGACUGAGACACAAUCGAGGCAGAAUGUAAUGUUCUGGAUUGUUUACAAAAUGCCGAGAGGAGUCCGGGGAUUGUUUUAGAUGCUCGCCGCACCUCUGGAACACUGAAAAUCAGUUGAGGGCCGAGACAUCUGCCCUGAAAAGAAAUCGAAACAGAACAGGAGGGGACAGAGCUGAUAAACCUAAUGUUGGCCAAGUGUUUGUAUGCAAACUGUGUACAAUAAAGGACCUUUCACAAAGGAUGGAAGGCAAAUAAGAUCGACCAGAUGCUGUUUGCAGACGGACAAAGCAUCUGGGACAUGCUCGUUUAGAAUCUCAGCCAACCUGGAUGGCAAAAGGAGAAGAAAGAUGGAUAUUUGCCCCUCAUAUCUGACCUGGCAUUGUUUGAUAAUCAUGAUGACUUUGAAAGCCAACCAAUCAGAAAAAAGGUGCCUAUGAUCUGACUCUCCAAAUCACCCCAACCCCCCAUUUCUCCUUCCCCAACAAUCACUUCUGCCAGCUUUGCCUGCUAUGCAAGACUCAGGGUCGAAAGGAGUGAACUCACCCGCUGGCCCAGUCCAACUUCAGCAACAAUGAGAGCUACAAAUAUGCGAAAAUAUCCCUCAGCUGCUCAUCACGUUAAAACAAAUGACUGGUUGAACUUGGUCAGUGCAAGGGUGGGGAUUGUAUGCAGCCCAAAUUCACUACAGAAGCCUUAAAAGAGGGCGUUUCAAUGCUAAACUUGUGCCCUUGUUCUUUGUUCAUUUGCACUACCAUAAAAAAAAACCAAGAAUGGAAAAAAGAGAACACUUUUUAAUCAACAGGGAUUUGAAGAGAAACACCACAGGAGCCCAACAGUCAGUGCAGUGCCAGCAAAAUCCCAGAGAAAGUGUGCAUAUGAAUGUGUUUCUUAUGCAGGCUAACUGGAAAACAAAAAUAACUGAGACUUAAAAGGAGAAAGAAGAGACUGUCACACCACUGCCUGCCUAUAGUAAAUUUCAAAAAAGUAGAAAAACCAAUAAUGUAAUUUUUUUAAAUGAUUAUUUUCAGAGUUUAAUUUAAAUAUGACACUGCUCUUUAUAUGUUUUAUAAUAUUAUUUUGUAUAUAAUGCAUAUUUAUAAGGACCAAACUUCUGAAGAAUAAAACUGUUUGUCACUAAAUGGAAAAAAGACAAUUAUUUUUGUGGUGCUUUUAAAUAAUGACGUUGAGAAGAAACGA